AUGUUAGAAUUUAUUCGUUUAUUGGAUGCUGUAUGUCCUACAUUUCGAAAUUCUUUGGAAAAUCAACAACAACAAAAACAUAAAAUUGAAAUGACUACAAAAAUGGCAAAUUCUGCAAGUGAUAAAAAUGUUGGAGGGGAAGGAGGUGGUGGAAAUAUGCUUUUGAUUUUUAAAAUUUUUUCUGAAAAUGGACAUUUUAUCCCACAAUGUUGUGAGCAUUCAUUUUUAUUUUUCCUAAGGUUUGAGAUUUUUUGGGCUUCGUAUUUUUACGUGUUGAAAAUUUCCUUAAAAAAGUUUUUUCAAAUUUUAUUAAAUCAAUUUUUUCUCUCAAUACAUGACUGACACUUUUUCAUUUACUCUUCCUUUUUUUUUACUUUGAAAAAAUGCCUUAUGUUUUUUUAAGUAAAUUAGAAGACACAAGUUUUCUUUCUUCCUUCAAAAUAAGUAAUUUAUUUAUUUCUUUGGAUGAGUCGUAAGCUUGAAAAAAACUUUUUUUAUUGAUUUUUUUCUAAAAAAAUAUAUAAGUAAAAAGAUAAAAUAAGAAGGCUUAUAUCAAUUUUUAGAGCUGUCUAAAAUCGGAAAUUUUUUAAAACUCGAGACCAAAACCGAAAAACACCAACAAAAAAAGUCCAAGAAAGUUUUGAAUCAAGACCAAGACCUCCCAAGAGUCUUGGACAGCUCUUAUCAAUUUUUAUCUAGACCUAAUUUCCAGAC